AUGUCUGCGACGAGCGAACCUUUCUAUCUCCGAUACUACGCUGGGCAUAUGGGUAGGUUCGGGCAUGAAUUCCUUGAGUUCGAUUUCAGAGUUGUGGGAGAUGGAAGAAGUGCAGUUGCGAGAUACGCGAACAACUCCAACUACAGGAACGAUAGUCUCAUUCGCAAAGAAAUGUGUGUAAGCUCAUCUAUUGUGGAAGAGAUAAAACGCAUUAUCAAAACGAGCGAAAUUAUCAAAGAGGAUGAUUCCAAGUGGCCACAGAAGAACAAAGAUGGCCGCCAAGAAUUGGAAAUCAGACUUGGGAACGACCAUAUUUCAUUCGAGACCGCCAAGAUAGGAUCAUUAGUCGACGUGACCGAGUCCGCCGAUCCCGAAGGCUUACGAGUUUUCUAUUAUCUGGUUCAAGAUCUGAAAGCACUUGUCUUCAGUCUAAUAGCACUUCAUUUCAAAAUCAAGCCUAUAUAA